CGUAUUUUUUGACCAUUUGGCUUUACCUGGCACGAUGGACAUCUAUACCAUCACCAUUUUACUUUUAGUUUCUCUUUUGACCAUAGUACUCGCUGUAAACACAUAUUUCCCCUAUUUCUGGCUGGACCUCAAGUAUUUUUGUGAGUUACUACAAAUUAUCUUGAGGUAUCUGUCCCGUCGGAGGAGGACACCCAACUUCUUCGCUUUGGAUCGUUUCUUGGAGCAAACUGCGACACAUCCGGACAAACUCUUCAUUGUUUUCGGGAAUGAGCGCUACACGUUCGCGCAGACGGAUCAGCGGAGUAACCAGUUUGCGCACGCUUUGCAGUCCCAACCCGGAUAUGGCGCUGGAGACACGGUGGCGCUGUUUAUGUCCAACGAGCCCGCCUUCUUGUUUACUUGGCUGGCGUUGGCUAAACUGGGGUCCCCCGCUGCGCUGCUCAACCACAACAUCCGAACCAGAAGCCUCCUGCACUGCUUCAGCUGCUGCGGGGCCUCUGUGCUCAUAGCGGCCCCAGAGCUCAGAGACGCCGUGGAGGACGUGCUGCCUUCACUGACCCAACAGGGCGUCACUGUGCUCCUGAUGACCGACCACUGCCCCACACCGGGAAUUUUGAGUUUUACAGAGAAAGUGAAUGCAGCGCCAGCCUCCCCUAUCCCGCGCUCGCUCCGCUCAAAAGUGACAUUCAAGAGUCCUGCUGUUUAUAUCUACACAUCAGGGACAACAGACUCUAUGUUUCUCGUAGGUCUCCCGAAGGCGGCGGUGGUGAACCAAACGCGCCUCUUAACGGCUCUGGCGGUUUUGUCGUCAAACGGCGUCUCUUCUGAAGAUGUGGUCUACCUGAACCUGCCCCUGUACCACACCGCAGGGUUCGUCAUCGGGUUCAUCGGGUCCAUAGAGACAGGGUCGACUAUAGUUCUGCGGAGGAAGUUUUCAGCCUCUCAGUUCUGGGACGACUGCAGAAAACACAAUGUGACAGUGAUUCAGUACAUUGGAGAAGUGAUGCGCUACCUCUGCAGCACGCCCAAGAGAGAAAAUGACAGGGAACACAAAGUACGCCUGGCGAUUGGGAACGGCGUCCGGGCUGAGGUGUGGAGGGAGUUCAUCCAUCGGUUUGGGGACAUUCAGAUCCGGGAGUUUUACGCCUCUACUGAAGGAAAUGUGGGAUUUGUGAAUUACGCUGGGAAAAUCGGAGCCAUUGGACGAGUCAACUUCAUCCAUUCGACGUUGUUCCCUUUUGUGCUCAUUAAGUACGACACAGAGCGCGAUGAGCCAGUCCGACGUCAUGAUGGACUCUGCGUGCCGGCCCCCAAAGGUGAGACGGGCCUCCUGGUGUCUAAGAUCACAGAUAUCGCGCCGUUUGAGGGUUAUGCUCAGAAUGAGGAGCAAACAGAGAGGAAGCGCGUGCGGAACGUCCUGAGAAAAGGAGAUCUUUACUUUAACAGCGGUGACCUCAUGAGGAUCGACCAGGAUAACUUCAUCUACUUCCAGGAUCGAGUUGGGGACACGUUCAGGUGGAAAGGUGAAAAUGUGGCCACCACUGAAGUUUCCGACAUUUUGACGAUCUGGGACUGUAUCAAAGAAGCAAAUGUUUAUGGAGUCUGCGUCCCUGGACAUGAGGGCAGAACAGGGAUGGCUGCGGUCACGUUACAAGAAGACACACAAUUUAACGGAAGAGAUCUGUACAGUCAUGUGACCAAAUACUUACCGCCAUACGCCCGACCCCGCUUCUUACGGAUACAGGGGGCUGUGGAGGUGACUGGGACAUUCAAACAGAUGAAGGUAAAGUUGGUGGAGCAGGGUUUUGAUCCGGGACAAAUCCAGGAUCCUCUUUUUGUCCUGGACGAUCGGGAGAAGAGCUACGUUACCAUGACAACUGAAAUGUACAACUCCAUAAUCUCAGGAAACAUCAAACUAUGAGGAAGUCAGCCCUGACACUUUAAGUAUUACUUUCAAUCUCAGGAAUAUUCUUAAUUACAGUUCCCGAUUUUCAAACCGUGAAAGGUGAAAGUAAUUAAAGCUUCAGUAUGUAACAUUUUAGCUAAAAAAUACACUAUAAUAAAGGCAUGUUUUUUUUCAUUG